GUUGUGUGCGCCGUGGCGCCGCCCUGCGUGUUAUCUGCUCGUGGGAUCGCGGUGACACGCGUGGGGCCAGUUUUCCUGUUGUGUUACAGUAUUAGGGGUGUAGCGCUAUAACUUGCUGUUGACGUUAACCAUUUAGGCGCUAGAGAGGGUGAAAUAUUUUGGUGAAAUAAUUCACCAAUGUCAUGAUCAGUAGGAGACUGUAACCACGAUCCAUAUUAUUGCCUCUUGUUUACUGUGUGGUGGAUCGUCUUCAGCUGCAAACAAAUGCAUAUAGAGGGCCAUGCUUACAAGCAAUAGCACACUACAAUAGCUACCAGGCUUUCUACCGAGCGUGGCUUCCAAAAGGAUUGGCUUAGAACUUGGAAUUAAUAUAUAUUCAAGGAAAGGUAGAGAGAUAAAUGACAGAGUCAAACCCAAACACAGACAGCUACGAUGAUGUGUCUAAAAUGUUGCAAGAUCUGAACAAGGACCUGAAGAAUAUGCUGGAGGAAGUGGAAAAUAUAUCAGCUCAAGCAACUUGGAUGGCUUUUGAUAUGGUAGUGAUACGCACCAAUCCCACCCUGGCUGAAUCCAUGAAAAGACUAGAAGAUGCUUUCAUAAAAUGCAAGGAAGAGGUGGAGAAAAAAUGGCGAGAGAUGCUAGAUAAACCCAAGAAUAAUACAUAAUUGGAAUAUUACAUAAUAUAGAUGUAACCCAGAUUCAUGAGAUUAGAGAACAUAAUUCAAAUGCUUAUUAAGAAUAUUAUUGAAAAAUAACUGAAAAAGAACACAGCCUGUAUUGGUGCGUAUCCAAACCCAACACCUAUUACUUUCAUAACUUAAACUAAAUAGAAGAUUCAACGUCUUGGAUGUAAUGCCGACAUAGAGUACACAAUGGUUAUAAACCUGAAAAAGAGAGCACAUGAACUAGACACAGAGUGUAUACCAAUAAAGUAGAAAUAUGAACAGCUGGCACUUUAAUGUUAACCCUUGUUUAUUAAAAUACUACUCACAUAUGUGAACAUCUAUGGAGUAAUUAGUC